AUGGCUCGAAUAAAUGAAGAUAUCGCAGAGCUUCAGGACAUGCUGGAAAUGACCAUCCGGGACAUGGAUGCUCAACAAGCAGAAGCAGCUUUGGAACUGCAGCGCAUGAGAGCCCGCUUGUUGGAUGGGCUUUGUCCAAGCAAGUUACGCCGCAGCGAGCGGUUGAAAGGCUUGGCGAGGCGCUUGGCCAUGCUGGAGCAGAAUGUUGGCCGAGAACAGGCUGAGUGCGUCAAGGUCAUGGAGGCUGUGCUGGCGACAGUUGAAAGGAACGGUGCAGUGGCAGAAGCUGUGUGCCAACACCUGAGUGGCAUCGCCACCACCAGGGCCACUACGGCUGCUCAGAUGCUGCCAGACCCGAACAUUCACCAAGAACUCGCGGCAAAGGCCGCAGAAGUCUGUGGAACUGGUUGGUCACCUGUGGUUGCUCCACCGAGACCUUCCGAAAUGUGCCCAAAGUCGGCUCCUGAGAAGUUCACAGCUCCAAACUCUGUGCCUGAGGGGGACAUUGGCAGCCAGAAAGGCAUUGUUGAAGAGGUUGGCGAUGAGAAUACAGGGUGCUUGGAAUCUGAAGCGGCAAAUCAUUCGUUUGCAGCUUGUGGAGAGGAACAAAUGGCACAAUCCCAAGGUGACAAGGAAGUGUCUGUGCCAGAUGGAGCCACAAGUCAACCGCUGAUAGUGCAGGCGGCAGAAGAAGCUAUGCUUCUAGCCACACUUCCCGAUGUGGCGCUAGAACCCCGCUCUGAGCCCCUAAGAGGUGAAACUCAACGCUCAGAGGAUUUGCAACCGGAAAGCAUCUCCAGUGAGGACAGCUCCAGUGGAAGGCAGGGACAACAUGUGGUGGUGACUCGCGUGUCCGUGUCCAGCAGUGAUGGUGCAAGCAGCAGCAGCAGUAACAGUAGCAGCAGUGAAGAGCCAAGGCAGAAGGGCAAGUGGGACUUUGGGCGUCAUGCAGAGGAGGGAGCUGCCAACUCGACCUUAGAGGCAAAGAUCAGGGAGAAACUCGAGGAAUCGAGUGCAAAGGAAGAAAAGGGACAGGAGAAGGGGAAGAAGAAAAGGAAGGGCAAGAAGGUUGAGACAAAGUCCGAGGAUCCUGUAGAAUCGGAGCCAACACAGUGUACUUCGAGGCCGACGGAGGAGGUCCAAGGCACUCCGAAGCAUCUGCGAACCAACGUUCACUUUGCCGACCUGCGGCUCUCAAAGCCAUUACUUCGAGCCUGCUCGGAGUUGAAGUUUGAGUGCCCAACACCAGUGCAAAGGGAUGUGAUUCCUCCAGCAUUGGCUGGAUCUGACAUCUUGGCCACUGCUGAAACAGGUUCGGGCAAGACUGCAUCUUUUCUGUUGCCAACCUUAGAGCGCUUGUGCCAAAGCAGCAGUGUACGUGCACGUCGGAGAGAUGCAGCAGGGCGAUUGAUUUUAGGACCAGUGGGAACCAAGGCCGUCGUCCUGAUUCCUACAAGAGAACUAGCAGUGCAGUGCCACUCCAUGCUUGAAGGCCUAUCCAAGUACACGAUGGUGACUCACCAAUUGGUUGCCGGAGGUUACAUUGCGCAUGACCAGGCAGCCUCAUUGAGACAUCAGCCCGAUUUGGUGAUCGCGACACCUGGGCGGCUCCUGGACCACCUGAUGAACUCACAAUCGGUGCACAUGGAGUUGCUCGAGAUUGUUGUCUUCGACGAAGCUGACAGGCUUUUGGAGAUGGGCUUUCGACAGGAGUGCUUGGAAGUCCUGAAGCGCUGUGCCAAGGGUCGACAGACCAUGCUUUUCUCGGCAACCUUGAAUGCAUCAGUGGAAGACUUGGCUGCUCUUGCUCUUGUUAAGCCGGAGAGAAUCCAUGCGAGUCCGGUGAACGCGGUAGCCCAGACUCUGGAACAGGAGUUUGUCAAAGCACCGAACCCAGAGCUUCGAGAGGCAGCUUUGCUAAGCCUUGCAUCGCGAAAUUACAACUCCAGGGUCAUCAUCUUUUGCUCCACAAAAGAGGUCACCCAUCGCUUGGCCAUCAUCUUUGGCCUUUCCGGUCUCAAGUUUGCCGAAAUUCAUGGGAACCUCUCACAGGGCGAGCGAGCAACUUCGCUGGAGCGAUUCCAAAAUGGCCAGGCAGACUUUCUCCUGGCGACAGAUAUCGCAUCGCGAGGCUUGGACCUGCCCAGCAUCAAGACGGUGAUCAACUUCCAACUGCCAGUGGAUGCUGCGGGCCUUUGCAAGAAUGUUUGGCGUCCAUUUGCUGCAAGUCUGGCGCGGCAGCUGAAGGUCGAUCUCAAACUGCAGAGCAAUCGGCGUCAAGAGGUCUUGAGCUGGUCAGUGGGCGAUUUGCAACUCUUGUCUUUAGACUUAAAAGGCCAUGGCCUGGCAGCAGCACGGAGCUCAAAGGCAGGUCAUGUGUCGAGCACCUCUCAGGCUUUGGUGAACAAUGUAUGGUGUAUCGGUAUGGUCCCCAUGGUGUAUCGAGAUGCAUCGAGGAUUUCAGCAGUUUUCGGUUUCUUUUUCGGCUUCACUUCCUCGCUGGAGGAAGUGGAUUGGAUGGAGUGGAAGCGUCAAGUCGAAGAAGUUCUGGAUGACUUCGUGGCCGAGAUGCCGGAGGCGCCAGACAAGAUUGUCGGAGUAGGGCAUUCGCUUGGCGGUGCAGCCUUGCUUCUCACGCAAGCCGCACGAAGCCGAUUUUCCAGCAUUUAUAUCUUCGAGCCAAUGUAUUUGUUCGUGGAGGAAAAGCUCGCGAGCAUGGUGGGACUGCCCAUCAUCAAUUCUGAAAGAUGGGUGCCGCCCUUGGUGGAAAAGACCCUUCGACGCCGCAGCCUGUGGGCCAACCGCCAAGAAGCGGAGCUGGACCUGUCCUCCAAGAGGUUUUUCGCUGCGUGGGAUGAAGGUGCUCGCCAAGGGUACUUUGAAGGUGGCCUCAUUGGUGACCAGCCAACCAGACUGGCUUGCUCCCCGGUAGAUGAGGCAGCUGUCUUCUCCAGUGGAGUUCCAGUCCAACUUCUUGAAGAGCUGCGAAAGCCAAAUGGCUUGGAGAGCUGUUUCCUACAUGUGACUAUCGGUCAGAAGGAGACGCUGUGGAAUUUGCCUGUUGCUCAAGAAAUCUUUGGCAGCUUAAAGCCACCUGCCAAGAUUUCGGUGGUGGAGGGAAGCCACAUGUGGCCUGUUGAAUGCCCUGACGCCUGUGCGGCGAUGGUCGCUGCCACCUUUGGCUGGUCACCCCUCUCACGCCUUUGAUUGACAA